AUGCCGCUGGAGCCGCGAAAGUACUCCUUAGCUGCUUACAGCCCAGCAGCAGCAGCAGCAGCAGCAGCAGCAGCAGCAGGAGGAGCAGCAGCAGCAGCAGGAACAUCUGCUGCUGCUGCUGCUGCUGCUGGGGGGCUGCUGCUGCUGGGGUCCUCAUUCAUCAGCCGUUGGCGGUGUCCUGCUUUAAACUUGUUUUCUAUGGAUACAAUAAAUAGAGUUUUAUCUUUUGCUGCUGAUGAGCUGCUGCAGCAGCAGCAGCAGCAGCAGCAGCAGCAGCAGCAGCAGCAGCAGCAGCAGCAGCAGCAGCAGCAGCACUGGUUGUAG